CCCAAACCAAAACAAUCAUGAUCAUCUGAACUUGCGUACUUUACCAUCAUCAGCUAUUUAAAAGUGAGAGUGCCAAAGCAAGCCUUUGAUAACGCUUGGGUGACAGAAGCAAGUGACAAAAGAUCUGCUAACAUGAAAGUUACAGCUACAUUAGUUUGUGCUUUUACCAUCAUGAUGCUCUUCUUGGUGGUUGAAACGUUUCGUGCUCCAAAGAGUAAGCUCAUAGCUAGAAAUUGGGGCCCACAAUCAAUGCUAUACCUGAAAGGACGAUAUGGUAGAAGAUAUGUUGCUUCUGACAACGAAGAAGAGUGCUACUUGAAUGACCAGAAUGCAGUUCUGAAAAGUUACAAACGUUCAGCACCACUGAAAUUGCCAAACCUCUGAAGAGUAACAGCUCCAGAUGUUGACUAUGGGGACUAUUUUACACACUCUUCGCAAUAUUCCAACUGUUGUAAAUAAUUUUAAGGAUCAUAUCUUUUUCUCAUUGUGCUCCUGUGACAUGCUAUAUUCUGUAGAGUAAUUCAAGUCCAUCUGUUUGGAUAAGCAUUACUAUGUCAUCCUAUUAAAGGUGGAAAUUGUUGCA